AUGUCACCGAGGAUUGAGUUGGAGGUGGAGUCACUGGCCUUCGACGAGAAAAACCUGAUCCUCUACGUCUCUCUCAGCCAAGUCUUUCGUAUCUGGAUCAUCCCCUUCUUCGCCGCCCACGUACACCUAACCACCGUGCUACGACUCAUCGAAGACCAUGCAACAACCACUGUUCAGGAAGGAAAGAAGAGGCCCAAGUAUCUCAUCCAGAGCCAGAAUGAUCUUUAUCAGGUCACCGAGUUUGUGAAGUUCGUGUCUUGGUUUGGGAUUCUGAGAGUGUUGGUUCUGGUAGCGCAACUUGUGGCUACUGGGCUUUGUGUUAUUGGCGCCGGGUUGUUGUGGCCAGUCAGUUGGGUAGAGCAAAAUGUUGUUGGUGGAAAUAGGGAGCGAGGGUUUAAAGAGGUGGUAGAUGGAUGA